AUGGACCUGGAAACAAACCCCCAAUCUAUCAAACCGGUGCAAUCGGUCGAUCAGAGUGUGCAAGAUGCUCGCGAUCUCGCGGCUAUGGGCCAUGACCAGGCCCUGACGCGCAAAUUUGACCUCUGGAGCAUGUUGGCGCUCGCGUUCUGUGUUCUCGGGACCUAUUCCACUUUCGCGCAGGAUCUCAACAGCGGACUGACCAAUGGAGGCCCUAUCACCAUUCUCUGGGGUCUAUGUCUGGUCACCGUGUGUAACCUCUGCGUGGCUGUGUCGUUGGGUGAGCUUGCCAGUAGCAUGCCGACCGCGCUGGGCCAAGCCUACUGGGUCUUUCGACUGUGGGACACGCCGACGGGCCGGUUCGCAUCAUACAUGUGCGCCUGGAUUAACACGUUCGGAUGGUGGACUCUCACCGCGUCCCAGGUCGCCUUUAUGACCGAGUUUCUCCUGGGUAUGAAAGUCAUGUUCAAACCUGAUUGGGAAGGCACGGGCACCGGAUGGUUGGAGUUCGUCGUGUACAUUGGCUGUGUACUUGUUUUGACUGUGAUCAACGUGGUCGGAUGUCGCAGCGAAAGAUUUUUACCCUGGCUGAACAAUUUUGUCGGGGUGUGGUUCACUGGGCUGUUUGUCGUUCUAUCGCUUGCUCUGCUCAUCUCCGUUGGCGUCAAAAGCGAUCUUUCUUUCCAGCCCGCCUCGUUCGUCUUCGGUCAAUGGAUGAAUCAGACCGGCUGGAGUGACGGCGUCGUCUGGUUCACUGGUCUGGUCCAAGCCGCCUACGGCCUGACAGCGUUCGAUGCCGUCAUCCACAUGGUCGAAGAGAUUCCUGCGCCGCGUAAAAACGCCCCCAAGGUUAUCUGGCUGGCUGUGCUGCUGGGCGCCGUCACCGGAUUCAUCUUCAUGAUUGUCUGUCUCUUCAGCAUUCAGAACGUCGACCGAGUCGUUGAUUCGCCCAGCGGGCUCCCUUUCAUCGAAUUGAUGCUAGAGACCAUAGGUCUGAAAGGCGGCGCAACGUUAAUCGCACUCUUCAUCUUCAAUGGCCUCGGUCAGGGGAUAAGUAUCUUGACCACAGCCUCCCGGCUAACGUGGGGCUUCGCGCGCGACGGUGGUCUACCCUGGAGCUCGUAUCUCAUGCAUGUGGAUCGUACUUGGAAGGUUCCCGCGCGGGCCCUUUGGUUCCAAGGCGUUCUGAUCGCCCUAGUCGGUAUUCUCUACCUGUUCGCCAACACCGUCCUUGACGCCAUACUGAGUGUCAGCACCAUUGCUCUCACCAUCUCGUACGGUCUACCCAUUGCGGCGCUGCUAGUCGUCGGGCGCGAGAAGCUCCCCCCGGGCCCAUUUCAGCUGGGACGAUGGGGUAAGCCUGUGAACUGGGUCAGUUUGAUCUACUGCGCCAUCACAACCGUGUUCUUCUUCUUUCCGGAGUCGCCAAACCCGCCCCCUGGUGAUAUGAAUUACGCAAUUGCUGUGUUUGGGGUGAUGUUGGUUGUCUCGGUCGGAUUCUGGUUUCUGCAGGGAAGUCGCACGUAUCUGAAGACGGAGGAUGCGAUCGCGCAGAUGAUUCUGGCGCAGAGGCUGGAAAACGAGGCAGACGGGGAAGUGGCAGCAGGCGCCAAGAAAACCUAG